AUGCGUGUAUUUGUGAUGUUGUUUGCAAUUUGCUUGGCAGUGGUGGCUGUUUCAGGUGGUGGCAAAAAAGGUGGCGGUGGAGGUUAUGGCGGUGGUGGUGGAAAAGGAGGCGGCGGCGGCGGUUACAUUGUAUUCUCCAAAGGAGGUGGUGGUGGUGGCGGCAAGAAGGGAGGCGGUGGCGGUUAUGGUGGUGGUGGUUAUAGCAGCGGUGGAGGUGGUGGUAAAAAAGGUGGUGGCGGCGGAGGAUAUGGCGGUGGUGGUGGUGGCAAAAAAGGUGGUGGCGGCGGAGGUUAUGGCGGUGGUGGUGGAAAAGGCGGCGGCGGAGGUUACGUUAUCAUCUCCAAAGGAGGCGGUGGUGGCGGUGGCAAGAAGGGAGGUGGUAGCGGUUAUGGCGGUGGUUCCAGUGGAGGCUAUGGUGGUAAAGGAGGUGGUGGAGGUGGUAAAGGAUGGUAA